AUGACGGAAACUAUCAAAUCUGGUACUUACGACAACUUUGAUGCCUUCAGCAAAGAUGCAAAGACGAUUUUAAAUGCUAGUCCCGACAAAUACAGGUAAGGAUUUUAUUGUUUUUGUUUAUUUUUUAGGGAAUUUGGCACAGAAGGUGAACAUCAGUAGUGUAACAUGUUUUUAAUUGAUUAGAAUUUUAACAUACGCUAUAUUUGUCUUAAAAUUUAGAAAAAAAUUUUGUCUUUAGUAUAUAUUGUAGUCUUGGGUAAUCCAUUGAUUUUUCAGUUAGCUAAAAUUUUUUUAUAAAAAUUUUGAUUUUUUAUUGCAAUGGAUAAUAUAAAAAUUCUUUUGGUAUGCUUUAAAGUUUAUAUAAAAGAAAUUUACUUUACAUUAGUUAAGGUAGAGUUGAAGUUUACAUUCAAGCUGAAUUUUGGCACGAUUGAUUGCUUUUUGAUUAAGUUACAGCUCCUUUUCCAUCCUGGCAUCAGUUAUUAAAAUGUCAUUUGGUCAAACGAUUGGUUUUAAUGUCGUUGUUUGAAUAAUUAAAAGUAAUGUAGUUAGAUACAUGUUUAUUAUGUCUUGAGGCGAGUUUUCGAGGUAAAGGAGUAGUGGACUUGGGUCUAUGUUCAUAUGUUAUGUUAGCAGUUUAAAUUUAUUUUGUGUCAUUUUUGUCUCACUUUAUCCAUUUUUUGUUGUUAACGUAAUACAGGCUAAAAAUUACUUAGAAAACGACCACAACUAGUUAGUUGUGGAAAUACUCAUUUACCAGGUUUUUCAAUAUUAUAAAGUGUAUUUGCUUUUAGUUUUUUUGGUUGUUUUCUGCUUUAUAUUGUCUCUGAUCCUUAUAAAACUUUUCUUUUUCAGAUUGGUGCUCAAACCCGUUCAAAAAGACGGAAAGAUCCAAGUUAAAAUUACGAAUGACCGAACGUGUAUACAGUACGUGGUAUCCACGACAGCCGACUUUAAGAAACUAGAAGUGUUAACCAGCGCAGUAAUGCAGCAAAACACGACCAAAUCCGAAUAA